AUGACUGCCUGUAUCCCUUGCUUGAAACCCUUCCUCGAUGCCUUCGACAGUGGAAUGCUGAAUGUUUCGUUGCACAAGCGGGUUGGUGGAGGCUAUAGUAGCUCAUCUGGCGCUGGAAAUGGGGACUCCUAUGCUUUGGCUAGCCUCAGUCAAGGUCCAAAGGAGUCUUCCAACCGGUCGCGAUACGCCGAUGAUGAUAUUGAAGGGUUGAGGACAUCAGCUGCUGCUUUCGCUGUGACAGCUCCUGGAAGGUUACUGGAUUUAGAUGGGAAUGCGAGUGGCUCCACUAUGGCUAUUCAGAGAACAGAUUAA